UUGCUCACUAAGAUAAAAAAAAAAAUCGCAAUCGAAAAUCGAAAUUCAUCGCCGAGUCAGAUCUAUAAAAUUCAUUCAAUCUUCAAUCCAGAUCUCAAACCGUCCCAAUGGCUCUCGAAUGGGUUGUCUUAGGCUACGCGGCGGCCGCGGAAGCGAUCAUGGUCAUCCUCCUAACCAUGCCUGGCCUCGACGCCCUCCGCAAAGGACUGAUCGCCGUCACGCGCAACCUCCUGAAACCGUUUCUCUCCAUCAUACCUUUCUGCCUCUUCCUCCUCAUGGACAUCUACUGGAAGUACGAGACCCGGCCUUCCUGCGACGGCGACUCCUGCACCCCUUCCGAGCACCUCCGUCACCAGAAGUCGAUCAUGAAGUCUCAGCGCAACGCCCUCCUGAUCGCGUCGGCGCUGGUUUUCUACUGGAUUCUCUACUCCGUCACGAAUCUCGUCGUGAGGAUCGAGCAGCUUAACCAGAGGGUUGAGAGGCUUAGGAAGAGGGAGUAAAGCUUUUUGGUUCGUUUCUUUCUGCGUUUUCUUCGUUUUUUAAUGUAUGCUUUUAUCUUGUGGAGAGGUUGUAAGGAUCUAUGCUCUGUUAUCUUUGAUUAGUAUGAUGAAUCUGUUUACAGUUUGAUAA